AUGGCUUUGAGAAAAGCAGGAAGUGUGUUGGUGGUCUUUUUCUGGUCUGUGGCAGUUGUACUGGGGCAGAAUGGCUGGAGUGUGACAUACACCACUCAGAGUAUCUGUACCUUGAAGGGGUCAACAGUGAAGCUGACCUGCUCUUUCAGCUAUCCCAGAGGUCAUAAAUUCACAUCAACCUUCUGGUUCACUAAAAUGGAGACUGGUGUAGAACCUGAAGAUAUAGGUCAGUACCCAGAGAAUGCAGGUCGUCUGGAGUAUCAUGGGGAUAAGGAGAAAGACUGUCUUCAGGUGAAGGUCACUGGUGAACAUCAGGAUAAGACACUGACCUGUAUCACCUCCUGUACUCUGACUGACAACCCCACCUACAUCUGGUACAAGAACGGACAACAUCUAGAUGAGAGCACCUCCCCCCAGUACAAAGACCCAGUCUCCAGUAACUAUGAAGACAGCUACUCCUGUGCUGUAAAAGGCCAUGAGGAUCUCCACUCUCCUGCAGUGUGUGUUCAGGGUCAGAGUUGCAGCAGAGUGACUUACACCAAGAGGAGAAUCUGUGUCUUGAAGGGGUCAACAGUGGACAUAUCCUGUACUUAUGUUGGUUAUUAUUACACCACAUCAACAUUCUGGUUUAGAAGUGAUAAGUCGACCCCUGAAGACCUAACCACAGACCCAGGGUAUGCAGGUCGUGUGCAGUACACUGGAACAUACGAAGGUCCCUCCUCCCUGAGAAUCACAGAUCUGAGAGAGGAGGACUCAGCUGAAGGUGUAUGUGGUUUUAUACAUAUUGUUUCAGGUCUGCAGGUGAAGGUGACUCCUGCUGCAGAGGGACAGAGAACACUGACCUGUAGCACCACCUGUACUCUGACUGACAACCCCACCUACAUCUGGUACAAGAACGGACAACGUCUUGAUGAGCCCACUUCCCAACAAUACUCUAGUAAUACCCUAGUAGUGUUGGGUCAUUAUGCGGACAGUUACUCCUGUGCUGUAGAACACCAUGAGGACCUCCACUCUCCUGCAGUGUAUGCUCCAAAGAACACCUCAGUGUCAGUCAGUCCCUCUGGUGAAAUAGUGGAGGGCAGUUCAGUGACUCUGACCUGCAGCAGUGAUGCCAACCCACCUGUGGACAAAUACACCUGGUACAAGAAGAACGUAACCUCACCAAAAGCAUCAGGACAGAGUUACAGCAUCACUAACAUCAGCUCUGAGGACAGAGGAGAAUAUUACUGUGAGGCCCAGAAUGGAAGAGGAUCUAUGAACUCUACAGCUCUGAUGAUCAUUGUAGCAGGGAAACAGACCUCAGUUCUGACUGCAGCUGUAGGAAUCAUAGUGGUUGUUCUGGUUCUCAUCCUCUGUCUCUCUGGACUCAUGUGGUUCAGGUGAGUGAAGAAGGGAACAUUGAUAUUUGU